AUAACGUCAGUAUUCUAUUAUGAACAUCGCAAACGCGGGUCAUAAUACAAAAGAUGUUGCUGCGGUUUCUGGCAAUUUUGAUCUUUGUGCAUUCUGUUCUGUAUGCGUCAUGUGCAAGAACAAAGAGUUUAACGUUCGUCAUCGAUGACACGAAAUCUAUGAGAGACGAUAUAAAUCAAGUGUUGAAGGAGGUUGAUGGGAUCAUGAACUUAGUGCUCAACAAGGCUAGUGAAAUUGAGGAUUUAGUGCUGGUCACGUUUAACGAUCCAGAUGUCCAUCUCAGAAAAAAAACUAGAAGCCGCAAAGAGUUUGAAAGAGCUCUCAGUUCCAUAAAAGUUAAUAAUUAUAAUAAUUAUGACUGUCCCGAAUAUUCGCUAUCGGGUAUCGAAAUGGCGCUGUUUAAGAGCAAGCCUGGAUCAUACAUAUACGUCUUUACAGACGCGUCAGCAAAGGAUUAUAAAAAGGCAGAUAAAAUCAAGGAUUUAUGUCAAAAAACUCAGAGCAAAGUAGUGUUUGUACUGACUGGAAAUUGCCGUCGCCCCGAAAGUGUCAAAUAUCAAGUCUACCACGAAGUAGCCAUUGCUAGCUCGGGGCUGGUAUUAGAAGUUGAAAAAAAUGAAGUUAAUCUGGUUGUUAAAACUAUACAUACUUUCGUAGAAGGCAACACAAAUCCAGUGAAGUCUGUUACGAUACCAGCAAAUAAGAAGUUUGUUAAGCUUCCGUUCUCUGUGGACGACAAAACAGAUAACAUCAUAAUUUCAGGAACAGGAAAAAAUAUUAUAUUACUUGUCGACAGCAUCGGCGAGGAAAUACUCAUGUCGACUAAGAACUCAAAGAUGCUGCAGCUGAAUAAACCGGCACCAGGGAACUACACCAUCAAAGUGAAGGCCUCUUCUACGUCCCACGUGGUUGUGUACGCCCGCACUAACUUCACGUUCCAGCAUGGCUUCUCUCAAACCCAACCGAAGACCAUAAACGAUACAUCACGGAAACCUUUAGCUAAUAUGCAAAACCGAUUGUCUAUAUUGAUCGAAGAUCCAAACGAUUCAGUUGAAAUUGAAACAGCACAACUUAUGAACCUUGAGGACGAGACGCCUAUAGGCAAACCGCUUCAAUUAAAACAAAUAGAAGAUAAUUUAUACAUUACCCAGCCGUUUAUAUCACCCGAAUUCCCAUUUAAACUUGCGGUCAAUGGCCACUACGUUGAUAAUAACAGACCAGUAAGAAGUUUCGCCAAGACACCGAUUUAUCCGAAUAUUGUAGAUAUAGCAGUUAAAAAGAAGCCAACAGUCACUAUCAGCGAAGGAGUCAGUACUACGGUUAUUAUGGGUAGCGAACUGAUUCUGACAUGUAAAGUACACGCAUAUCCAAAUCCGGAAAUCAUUUGGAUUGACGAAAAUGGAAAUACUCUUCGUAGUAAAACUUCUUGUGUAGAAAAACCAUACGAUUUCAUAAGCUACCUCAAUCUGACUCGUGUAGAGAAAGCAAAAAAAUAUGCAUGCGCAGCAAGAAACCGCUUAGGACACGACAAAAAACAAAUUGAUGUGAAAAUUGGAGACCCAUUCAAAGUGAUAUCAUACCCUGGAGAGAACACCCGCGCAAAAUACGCAGAAAGUACAUCGCUUAAAUGUCGCAUAUCUUCUGAUUUUAAAAUGAAAAUCACCUGGUACUACAAUGGUGGAUAUGGAGCGAAAAAGUUGCAUUCAAAUGAUAUUUACAACAUAUCAUCAGAUGGCACAGAACUAGUGAUUAAAUCUCUAAAGAAAGAUCUAGCCGGAAAAUACACCUGCGUCGCGUCAUUACUAAGUGAUAGACACAUUCGUAAAAUAUUUACUACUAAUCUUGAAGUUUACGGUUAUGAUCCUCCUAUAAUAUUAAAGUUAGUUUCAUUCUUGAGAGCGCAAGAAUCGGAAGCUGUUACCAUACCGUGUGUGCUUAGUCAAGGUGUUCCAAAACCUACAAUACAAUGGCAGUACAGGACUAAGGGUUCCUUCGUUGAUGUGGACGUUAAAGCAGAUGCAAGACUACGAGUAUCAAACGAUGGACUCCACAUAUCCAAAUCACAAUUACUCGACAACGGGGAAUACAAAUGUAUUGCACAAAAUGACGCUGGUAUCGAUGAACAUAUAGCAACGCUAACAAUAAAUAAAAAACCAGAGAUAAAUAUUAUCGAAGGAACAGAAAUUAAAAUAGAUUACGGCAGCGAAGUACAAAUCGAAUGUAAAGUGACCGGUAACCCGCUACCUAAAAUUGAAUGGCGAGAAGAAAAUGGAGAUAUUGUAGCGCCGAAGAGUUUGGAUGAUCCAAUACGUCAUCAAUAUCAUCAGAGUUCAAUAUUGAUAUUGAAAAAUCAGAAAAGGUCCAAAAAAAUGUAUUGUUGCUCUGAAAACGCAGAAGGAAAAGACAUGAAAGCCAUUGAUAUUAUUGUAGGGCCGGCUUUCCAUGUCAUAUCUCAUCCUGAAGGAGUAACAAACGUGAACUAUAAUGAAGAGGCUAACAUAAUUUGUGAUGUAAGAUCUAAUAUGCCAAUGGAAAUUACUUGGUUUUACACAAACGAUAAGACGGGUGAAAAAACAAAAAUAACACCAUCAUCGAAGUACUCGAUGUUAUUAAAUGGAACGGUAUUGAAAAUUCAUUCAAUGGACUUAGAUUUGGUUGGGAAGUAUACGUGCAAUGCUUCGUUGACUUUAGAUGAAGAUCAACAUAGGUCUUUUGAUACACUACUGCGGAUACAAGGACUGAAAAAGCCUAAACUCGCAGAAGGUCCCCAUUUGUUAAAAAUGGUGAGAGCUGAUUCGAAAGUUACAUUAGAAUGCAGAGUUCUAGAAGGUCAUCCGAAGCCCACAAUAUCUUGGGAGUUCCGGUCUCGUGGUUCAGACGUAUUCUUACCCACAAACGCAACGGGAAAUCAACUGGAAAUCACAAUUGCCAUAUUAAAUAACUCUGGCCACUAUCGAUGCAAAGCUCAGAAUGUACUGGGUCAAGACACGAAAACAAUUGAACUUGAAGUAUCCAUGGUGCCAGCAGCAAUAAUCUUCGAAGGUAAGCAGAUGAAUCUAUCGUACCGAGCCGAAGCCAUGCUUUCGUGUGCAGUGACUGCGUUUCCGCCACCGAAAAUUAUCUGGACUGAUAGUAAAGGAAUGAUUUUAGACAAAAAGAUGCCUCCGGAAAGUGUUAAUCACAUGUACCAAUCCGACAUAGUAGUGAGGAACAUGACAAAAUCAGAAAAAUUCAGCUGUCACGCUUCGAACGAUUUGGGAGACAAUUUGGAAACUAUCGAUGUAAAUGUAGCGGCGCCUUUUGAAGUCGAAGAAAAACCCGAAGCCGAUGUUAAAGUAGAAUAUGGUAAGGCACAUGUAGUCAAAUGCCAUAUAAAAUCAGCUUUAAACAUGACUAUACAAUGGUACAGAAUACCUGAGACGAAAGGAGUUGAACAACUUAUUAAAUCUUCAGACAUAUAUUCUAUAUCUUCGGAUGGUACAGAGCUUACUAUUGCCUUCAUGGAACCUAAUCUUGACGGAACAUAUAGAUGUACUGCAUUUUUAAGUGAUAAUGUUGAUGAGAAGAUUUCAUUUAACACGAAAAUUAAAACGACUGGACUUGCUUCACCAGUACUCGAUAAAGACAUUUCAAAUAUGAAAGUCAUAGCUGGAUCAAAUGUGACAUUAUUCUGUAGAAUCAAGUUCGGCAACCCGACACCAGAUAUAAGAUGGAUUUUCAUGAGUCGUCCUGAUGCAAUCCGACCUAUCUAUACAUCCUAUACAGCAACUGGACAAGAGUUGCACAUAUCAAAUGUAUCGCUUGAUGACGCUGGCCGCUAUUUCUGUAAAGCACAAAAUUUUGUCGGCAAAGACCAGCAUGAAAUUGAACUCAUCGUUGAAGCUCCACCAGUAAUAACACGGUCUGACGUAAAAGCAUACACUGCUAUUGUUGGUGACGUAGUUCUGAAGAUUCCGUGCGAAGCUACUGGAUAUCCUAAGCCAGCUAUCUCGUGGCAAGUAGAUGGAACUGAUAUAACGCCAGACUCAAAGUACAAUAUUGUGGAGGGAGCUCUACUUGUUCGUUCGCCUGUUGAAAAUGAUACUUUAGAGUACACAUGCAAAGCGAUGAAUAAUGUUGGUGAAGAUAGUGUAAUUCUUGAUGGAAUUGUGACAGAUAGCAUUUAUGAAUACGAAAAUGUUCGCAAUAUUUACAUAAAAAAAGGAUCUUCAGAGAAAAUAAGCUGCAAUUUGACACAUACUAAAACUGACACACUCCGAUGGUUUUUGAAUGAAUACGUCACAAGCCAAACUGGACCUUAUAUAUAUUUGGAAAAUGCUACUGAGGCUAACGACGGAAAUUAUUCAUGUCGCAUCAGCAACGAGAAUGGUUAUAGCAUGAAUACUUUUGUAGUGGACGUCGGCUACUCUCCCACUUUUACCUCGUACCAAGAUGACAUCAUAGACUGGAAGGGCGAUACAUCAUUAGAUUGUGCUGCCAGCGCUAAACCCGAAGCUAUGACGCAUUGGUACUUCGAAGGUAAACACAUAAGAACGAAUGAAAGUUUAGAGCAGUUGCCAAUUACAAAAUGGGGUCAAUACAUAUGCAAUGUCGCUAACGUCCAUGGUUCUGUCAACAGAUCCUUCAUUGUUACUUCAACAGAUUGUCUAAUAGACAGGGAGGUAAAUAAUGAACUCACUCCACUUCUUAUAACUGAAAAUCUUAAAUGGCCGAUAUUUGAAGCAAAAAAGAAGUUUUUAGUGAUACCGCAUUUAGAGAAACUUGUUCUAUCAUGCCAAAGCCAGGAUAACCCAUCAAACUCGUUCACAAUAAUGCCAGACAAGACAACGAUAGAGGCCACCUGCGCCGGCAAAGAUACAUUCUCGAUCGGCGGAGAAAUAUAUAAAUACUCUGAUUUACACUGCAGUGGUAAAAUUCUACCUGUUGUAAAAAAGACAGGAGAUCAAUGUCUCAACGAUGGAACAGAAAUGGUACAAGUAGGAUACGAGGUUGAUGAAUUUAUUGAACUGUACAGUGUCUGUAUGGACACCAAAAAUAAAGUGCCAUUGUAUACUAAAAUGAGUAUGUUUGAUAUGAAUAACAUAAAUACUUCGACAGCGUACAAAUGGUUUAACCACUCUGAUGAUAGCUAUUUUAAUAACGAAGUUUACUCCUGUGAAAGCCCAGCCUCGUGCUGUGUAGCUAAGGAACAAUUAGUCAAUGUUAAUGACGUUAUUUUCGGCCCCGCUCAGCGAAGCACUUUCAUCGACGGUCUCAACUCUAUACCAGUUUGGGAAAAUUGCAAUAACUCUAGAAUGAGCUGGCGUCAAUUAGAGGAACGUAUUAGAGUACUCUACGAUACAACUUCACAGUUCGGAGUGUGGACCGGAGCGAGCGAUUACGUUGAUACGGAUAAAGGAAAAAUUCCUCAAUAUUUGUGGAAGGUGGUCCGACUUCACGAGCUGUAUUCAGUCGCCAUUAUAUACGUCAACGACCCAAAUCCAAAUGACAGUCAAAUUUUGUGCAAGAAUGUGUGCGAGGAACACUCAUGGGUUGAAUCUUAUGACAAAUACACCUACUGCUGCGAACUGACUGACUUCCUCAAAGCGUUCAAUGUUACUGAGGAAGCUAUUGGGGGAAUUUAGAAUAAGCAAAAAAAUAAACUAUUAACUAAGUACAGUAUAAGAUUGCGAUUUCUGAACGAUAGACCAACGUACAGUCAGCCAGAAAAGUAGCUGAAUUAAUGCAAAAUUUCAAAUCGACUUAAACUUUUAUGCCUGAUUUAACAAUCGUUUUCUUCUCUAAAACAAAAUUUAGAGUUUACUUUACUUUAGAUAAAGAAAAAAUAUAUUUCGAUUGAAGUUAAUGUUUAAAAAGCAUUUUGAAGUUUUUAAUUUGUUCAGCUACUUUUGUGGUUGACUGUACAUAUUAUUACUAUAAGUACCCUCAGGCAUUAAAUUAUUUGCAUUGUAUUGGUCAUUAAAUACGUUCAAUAUAAUUGCAUAGUUUAAUUCCGUAUUGAUACUUACCUAGUUUAAAUGCGACGAAAUUGUAUCUAGUUAUAUAACGUCAGAGGGCCUUAUUCCGUCUACGAUGGCGAAUCCGUAUUUUGUAAUUAUUAAAUAUCGAUAUAAAAACGAUUGGCAAAAUUGUAUUUUUUAAAUAGUGGUAAUUUUUUUUGUUGGCAACUUUGUCUGUGCAUAAAUAUGUGCUUAUGGGCCGGUUAAUUUUUUUCUCCAAAUAAAUAAAUAAUUAUUAAGUCCA